AUCACCUAAAUUACGAUUAUAACCUUCCGCCAAACUUGAAUGAAGAUCAAACCAAUAAAAAUUGUAUACACUAGUACAAUUUAUUUAUAAAAAAAAAAAACUGAAAUUAUAUGGCAAUCCUUUAAUGACUUUCCGUAAUCAAGUAAAGCAUAUGUUUCCACGUGCGUGAUUCAGGAAUACUAACCGUAUGAGCACAGCCUUCAGCCUUGUAUACAAAUUCACGUUAUCUUGAUGUGUAGCUUUUUCAAAUUUGAUCAUGCUCUGUUCGCUGAUUAUAAAUAUACUUCUCAUCCAAAUUGAACCACCCCACUUUAUAAGAGUUCCAUAUAUAUAUACACACACACACACAUAGCCGGAGAGACAAAGAGAGGUCGGAGUAGAGUGGCCGGAACCGGAAGAGAGAGACGGAUCUUCCAGCUGAAAUGGAACGGAGAGGCGCCAAGAGCGCGAAACUCGGUAAUGGAGAAGAUAGAAGGGACCGAGUUGACUUGGAUCGGACGGUGGUGAAGAAGCAGAAGGAGGGGAGAUUUGAGAGGCGAUUGGUGAAGUACGAGGAGUUGCCGGAGUACUUGAAAGAUAACGAGUUCAUAUUGGACUAUUACAGGUGUGAAUGGCCGUUGAAGGAUAGUUUGAGUAGCGUCUUCGCUUGGCACAACGAAACCCUAAACAUUUGGACGCAUUUGGGAGGCUUCUUGAUAUUUUUGGCGUUGACGGUGAUUAGCUCAACGGAGUUGGCGACAAUCGAUGGUUUAAUCUUCAGUUUCUUCAGACCUGGCGUUCCAAGAGCGUUGAUGACGAUGACGAUGACGAUGACGACGAAGGACUCCAACAGCUCAGACGCAUUCUUUCCGGAUUCACAUCUACCACACAUUCCUCAGCCUUCAGUUUUACAUGGAAAUGCACAUGAUGUAAUUCCUAGGUGGCCUUGGUUUGUAUUCUUAGCUGGGGCAAUGGGCUGUUUGGUUUGCAGCUCCCUCUCCCACCUACUUGCCAGCCAUUCCCGACGCUUUAAUUUCUUCUUCUGGCGCCUAGAUUAUGCCGGCAUCACCCUUAUGAUAGUCUGCUCCUUCUUUGCACCCAUCUACUAUGCUUUUUCCUGCCACCCAUAUUCGCGGCUCUUUUAUCUUACCUCUAUUUCAUUGUUUGGUAUCCUUGCCAUAGCAACCCUCCUUGCGCCUGCUCUCUCCACUCCUCGUUUCCGAACCUUCAGGGCCUCUCUUUUUCUCAGCAUGGGUUUCUCAGGAGUGAUUCCAGCAGUGCAUGCCCUAGUCCUAUUUUGGGACCAUUCACAUAUACUUGUUGCCCUUUGCUAUGAGCUUGCUAUGGCCAUUUUAUAUGCUGUAGGAGCUGGGUUUUAUAUAAGUAGAGUGCCAGAAAGAUGGAAGCCAGGUGCCUUUGACAUUGCAGGGCACAGCCAUCAGAUUUUCCACGUGUUUGUCGUUGCAGGAGCACUUGCCCAUUGUGCUGCCACCCUAGUUGUUAUGGACUGGCUUCGGGGUAGACCAACCUGUGAUGGUACUCUUAGCUGGACAUGACAAUGGUGAGAGUACUUCUUAGCAGAAUCCAUAUAUUGUGUCUACUUUUGUUGGCUUGUACGAACUUAUGAAGGAAAUUGUCCUGCAAUUUUUAUGGAAAGAGUAGUUCAUUUUGUUGUAUUUAUGGCAUUUUAUCACUAUUGUAGAAACAUACAUUCACUCAGUAUACUAUUAAUUCUUGUUUGAA